AUGAAGAGAUGCGAAUGUUUUUCGCCAGUACUCCAAUGGCUGAAGUCGUUAUUCCAGCGUGAGAAAGAGCCGCAGAGAAUCAUCGAAAUCGGACCUCCGACCAAUUUUCGAAAGGAAGAGUUUACCUUGCCGUUAUCAGACGACGAUGCCACCCUGUAUCGCCAGGACAGUCAUGGCGUCCUCGCAGAGAAAGAAGCGGCGCGACAAUCGAUCAUUUCUCAAAAGCCGUCAAGACGAGAUCAGUUGAGAGCCAAACUCAUCGGAAUCGGUGCCAAAUUGACCGUAUGA